CUCAAAUAUCCAGACGGGUGCGCCAUCUAAGCCAGUUAAAACAGUCCCGCGAAAAGUUGCCGAGCCCCACUUCUUGUCUGAACGUUCGCCAGUGAAGACCGGGAGGGAACCAACUACCACCACACAAAAUGAGCGACCUCAGCAAGAACGACGUCGAUAGGGCAUCCUUCGCCUUCUCCAUCUACGAUUUCGACGGCAGUGGCAAGGUGGACGCGUUCAACCUCGGCGAUGUCCUGAGGGCGCUCAACUUCAACCCCACACUCGCCACCAUCGAGAAGCUCGGCGGCACCAAGAAGAAGGGCGAAAAGCUCCUUACUGUCGAAGAGUUCCUUCCCAUCUACUCCCAAGCGAAAAAAGACAAAGACCAGGGAGGCUACGAAGACUUCUUGGAAUGUCUGAAGCUGUACGACAAGAACGAGAACGGCCUCAUGCUCGCCGCUGAGCUGACACACACACUUCUUGCGCUAGGCGAGAAGCUCGACGACAAACAGGUCGAUGAGGUCGUCAAGGACUGCAUGGACACCGAAGAUGACGACGGCAUGAUUCCCUAUGCGCCAUUCCUGAAGAAGGUGAUGGCGUAGGAGGUUCACAUCCCGUCAAAUCUUUAGUUAUAAGAUCCUUUCCUACAAAAAAUGUGCGACAAAGCUUUGGGCAACGACGAAGACGCGCCUGCGGAGGGCUAAGGCCGGCGCUGCAGGCCCCCGCCCUGACCAUCCCGUAUUCACCAUCUCGCAUACGGACUAUCUCCCUUUUUUAUACGACGCAACAACACCUACCAAAUUGUACAAUCUAUCCAUCGACUGUAUGUACAUACUUAAAGUAAGAUUAAAUUACUGUAAAACACGUUG